GAAAUACGGUGCGGAUAGGAGCACGCUGUAACUGGAUAAACCCUAGUGGCUAUCGUAGUGGCCGAACAAAAACCCUAGCGCGAGAUUGAAGAAGGUAACCUGACAUCUGUGCUACCAGCAGUAUCGAUUCGGCAACUGCGAAAAUGGGAGGCGAUAACAAUAAAAGGAAGCGAAGCGAAAGCGAAGGAGGAGGAGAAGAACCGCCGCCGGAGAAGAAGAUGGAGAUUCUGCCAUCGAUGAUAAAGAACAAGGAGAAAAGGUCGGCGGUGCACGCCAAGCUCAAGCAGCAGAAGAAGCUCGAAAAGCGCAAGAAGGCCAAAGCCCGCGACGCCGCCGAGAAGCGCGCUCUCGAGCUCGGCGAGGAGCCGCCGGCGAAGAAGAUUCCCAAGACGAUUGAGAACACCAGGGAAGUCGAUGAGACUAUUUGUAAGCCUGACGACGAAGAGCUGUUUGCUGGAAAUGAUGCCGAUGAAUUCAGUUCGAUUUUAAAGCGCGAAAUGAAUCCAAAGAUAUUAAUCACCACUUGCCGUUUCCAUUCUUCGAGGGGGCCUGAGUUUAUAAAGGAACUGCUUUCAGUGAUCCCGAAUGCAACCUACUACAAAAGAGGAACAUAUGACUUGAAAAAGAUUGUAGAGUACGCAAAUAAGAAGGACUUCACUUCUCUAAUUGUUGUUCACACCAAUCGCAGAGAACCAGAUGCUCUCCUAAUAAUUGGCUUACCUGCCGGGCCUUCUGCCCAUUUUAAGCUCUCAAAGCUUGUUUUACGCAAGGAUAUCAAGAAUCAUGGAAAUCCAACCAGUCAUGAGCCCGAGCUUGUGCUGAACAACUUUACAACACGCCUUGGUCAUCGAAUUGGAAGAUUAAUUCAGUCACUUUUCCCACAAGAACCAAACUUUCGUGGUCGGCGAGUUGUAACUUUUCACAACCAGCGAGAUUUUAUAUUCUUCCGGCAUCAUCGGUAUAUCUUUGAAGAAAAAGAGACUAAACAGAUCGAGUCCAAAGGUAAAAAGACCAAGGAUGCAAAUGGUGAGAGCGGACCGAAAGGGAAAGUAAUUGCUCGCCUACAGGAGUGUGGCCCUCGUUUCACCCUUAAACUAAUUAGUCUGCAGCAUGGGACCUUCGAUACUAAAGGCGGGGAAUAUGAGUGGGUUCACAAGCCGGAAAUGGACACAAGCAGAAGGAGAUUUUUCUUGUGAUUUGCUUUGGAAUGUUGCUCAAGUUAUCAUCGCUGGAACACAACCGUUACAGUUGAAGAGUCACUACUGCACGGCAAGAAGUACAUCAGCCCAGACAUUGUUCUAGUUUUUUAUCAUUGCUGGAAGACAAGCGUUUACAGUUAAAGAGUCGCUACUGCACGGCAAGAAGUACAUCGGCCCGGACCAUUGUUUUAGCUUUAAGACCAAUUUUGUGAUGUUCGAUUCCGAUGACUUGUGAAUUCUGUAUUGAAUUUUGGAAAAAAGAUUAUCAUGCUUUGUGCAUGUUUCCUGAAAAUAUGUGUUUACAUCCCA